AUGAUAAAUGAAAGUACUAAUCAGAAUAUGAAGGCAAAUAUCAUCAGACUACCUGUUGAACUGAAACGACAGAUUGCGGGCCAUCUGAACACAAGAGACAUCGCACAUCUAGCCUGUACCUGCAGAUCCUUCCACUACUCGAUCAAGCCAUGCCUUUAUGAAACAGUCAACUUGAACGCCUCUAAGAAAGCAUAUUUCCAUGUGUUAAAAUUGUUGACAAUGGUUGAUAGAGAUUCAACCUUGGCUGGGUACAUCAAAACACUCGAGAUUGAUGAUCUGAGAAAAGACAGACAGGUGGAUGAAUUGGUGAAACUCAGCCCAUCAGCAGAUGAAAGUGUCGCGCACUUGCUAUCUCAACUAUGCAGUCUUAGGUCAUUUCGCCUUAACCACCAUGGUGAGGUGCAUCUAACCACCUUUAACUUUGUCACACUGUCAACCCUCACCACACUCAAAGUGCCGGCGGAAUGUCUAGUAUCGCGUCAACCACCACUAAUCAAUCAUCUGCCUCCUGCGUUGGAAUGUCUUUAUGUGGAAGAGGCAAAUGAUGAAGCAAACCAACACACCUUGCCCCAGUUGCUGAUAGACUAUAUCACCGUAGCUUCAGUAGAGUUAAAGCUGGUAUCCAUUGAAUCAUAUGCUGAAUAUUGGGAAGACAGAGCUGGCUUGUUGGAUGACGCGUGUAAGAGUUGUGGGGUGGAACUAAAACUUCAAUACCGAGGAUGGCGUGAACCAUGGGGUGGUGGUCUUGUGGAGAUUCGGAAAACAUGGAAUUAG